AUGCCAUACAGUCAUAAUCCAGUGAUCGGAACAAAUCAUAUUUUUAAGAAAUGUGUCUAUUUUUUCAGAGCGACAUCUAAAGUUACUUGUGGCGGAGAAUUGAAGUAUCUUUUCUCGUGUGUCGACGAAGAUGAUUGGCCAUGCCUGGUCAAAAAUAAAGAGGGAGAAUUUGACGACUUGCCUGACAGCGAAAGUCCUGAACUCAGGAUUAAAGCUAACAGAUUUGAAUCCAACAAAACGUAAGAAUAUAUUUUAUACACGGUUUGAAAUGGUCGCUAAAUUUAACAUCAGGUCAUAUAUCAAUGUGUAUUAAUAAUUGUGAAACUCAAUAAGGCGAAGGAGUUUGUAUAUCUGAUACAAAAUCAAGUUGAUUUACAUGAACUUUAAGUUCAAUUUUCUUAUCAAAUAUCAUUAAUUUAUUUCAAGUUGUUGAAGAAUACGAAUGUUCUCAUUAAGACGUUUAAACCACAAGCCAUUUGCGACAUUCGCGUCUGUGUUAUAUCGGAUAUAUAAACCGAUGUACAUACAUAAUAUAUCUUUGUAUUUUGAUAAUAUAAAAACAGGUGUUUAAUAUGUUGGCAAAUUAUGUGCAAAAACAGAAUGUAAUACUUGAUCACUGAAAUAUUUUAAGACUUUAAAAGAAUGACUUUAUUAUUUUAAUUUUUUUUCUCAGUCACCGCGAGGUUUCUAUUUGGCAAAUAUUUGGUCGCCACCCCUGUCGUUCAAAGCUGGGUUAGCUUAACCCCAGGUUCACCUAAAAAUCAAAGCAAACAUCCCACCAGCGUGUUUAUAAAUUUGAAAAUAUUUCUUUGGAAACCUUGUCUGAAUCAGAUCAGAGCUUUCAUCUCUGAAGUUUUGAAAUAAACAGACGUGCAGAAAUACAUAAACUAAAACAGCAGGUUCAAUUGUAACCCAGGGUUGGCGCUAUCCAGCUUUGAACCGGCACCAGUGAUGAAAACUCGUAUUUCUAUUUUUAGCUACACGUUUACGCUUGGAGUGUUCAAAGGCACACAGAACGUUACAGCGUCAGUCAGAGUGAAGAUUUCCCCAGGGACUCCUCCCACAGUGCAAAUUAAGAAACCCAAGGAUGGUGUUAAGCCUGUGGUCCGUGUUCGUAUUAAGUCAUCCACGAGUGGUACCACAUCGUUCAACUGUGAAGGCGUGGUCGAGGAGGGUUAGUAUUUGAGCUCUAUAUAUGUCUGGAGCAGUCAUUCGGCAUACGAGAAAAGUUUAUUGUAGAAUACUACCUACACUGGACCACAACGUUUGAGAUAUCUUUUUCAGGUAGUUCAGACACAAACCACUACAGGUCAUCCACGAGUGGUACCACAUCGUUCAACUGUGAAGGCGUGGUCGAGGAGGGUUAGUAUUUGAGCUCUAUAUAUGUCUGGAGCAGUCAUUCGGCAUACGAGAAAGGUCUUUAUUGUAGAAUACUACCUACACUGGACCACAACGUUUGAGAUAUCUUUUUCAGGUAGUUCAGACACAAACCGCGAAGGGUUAUUGUAGAAUACUACCUACACUGGACCACAACGUUUGAGAUAUCUUUUUCAGGUAGUUCAGACACAAACCACUACAGCUUAUUGUAGAAUACUACCUACACUGGACCACCACGUUUGAGAUAUCUUUUUCAGGUAGUUCAGACACAAACCGCGACAGCUUAUUGUAGAAUACUAAGGACUGGACGAUCACGUUUGAUAAUCAGUAUAUUAUUUUCCACAGGAUAUGGUUACGUUGAUUUUGAUGACAAGGACAAAGUAACGGGUGAAUUUAGUGGUGAAGGAAUGAAAUUCAACCAAAGAAGACUAAGAUUCACAUUCAAAGGUUUACGAUCUGGUGUGGAAUAUAAAGUGAGAUGUUAUGCCUAUCAUGAUGACACUCCUGACGAAAUUGGAGAGAGUACGACGACAUUCACUGUUGAGUCACCUCCGGAAGGAGGUAAGUUUGUUUGUUUGUGUUUGUGUUUGUUUGUGUGUGUGUGUGUGUGUGUGUGUGUGUGUGUGUGUGUGUGUGUGUUGUUUUGUUUGUUUGUUUGUUUUUGUGUUUGUUUGUUGCCGUGAAUACGAUCUACGGAUCUUUAUAAUUAGUCUACUUACUGUAUAUGUAUUCAUGGCAUAGUAUAUAUAUGCACAUGAACUUGUGGUUAGAGCUCAAUAACUGUCUCUCUGUAGCUCAGUUGGUUAGAGCUCGACAACUGUCUCUUUGUAGCUCAGUUUGUUGCCGUGAAUACGAUCUACGGAUCUUUAUAAUUAGUCUACUUACUGUAUAUGUAUUCAUGGCAUAGUAUAUAUAUGCACAUGAACUUGUGGUUAGAGCUCAAUAACUGUCUCUCUGUAGCUCAGAUGGUUAGAGCUCAAAACUGUCUCUCUGUAGCUCAGUAUGCACAUGAACUUGUGGUUAGAGCUCAAUAACUGUCUCUCUGUAGCUCAGUUGGUUAGAGCUCGACAACUGUCUCUUUGUAGCUCAGUUGGUUAGAGCUCGACAACUGUCUCUCUAUAGCUCAGUUGGUUAUAGCUCGACAACUGUCUCUCUGUAGCUCAGUUGGUUAGAGCUUGACAACUGUCUCUCUGUAGCUCAGUUGGUUAGAGCUUGACAACUGUCUCUCUGUGGCUCAGUUGGUUAGAGCUCGACAACUGUCUCUUUGUAGCUCAGUUGGUUAGAGCUCGACAACUGUCUCUCUAUAGCUCAGUUGGUUAUAGCUCGACAACUGUCUCUCUAUAGCUCAGUUGGUUAGAGCUUGACAACUGUCUCUCUGUAGCUCAGUUGGUUAGAGCUCGACAACUGGCCUCUGUAGCUCAGUUAGUUAGAGCUCGACAACUGUCUCUCUGUAGCUCAGUUAGUUAGAGCUUGACAACUGUUUCUCUGUAGCUCAGUUGGUUACUGCACCGGAAUCGCAGAGCCGCAGGUUCGAUACCCCAAAUCCUGUCUUACCUGAAGCCCUUUUUGUGUAAAUGGUGAAAAACUAAACGAUAUUUAUUGUUCCAGGUGCACUGGCGGUGGAGCCUGCCGAGGGCGUUUCAUCAGAAACUCAAUUCAGUAUUGUCGCGUCAGAAUUCAUCAGUGAUUCACCCAUCAGCAUCGAUUACUACACAAAGGACAAGAGAGAUAGACUCACCUUACUCGGUAAGCGAUCAUUUUGAUGUAUUGAAAUAAAUCACUGGGUUUAAACGAACUUCAAACGCCGUUUGAAAGAACUCAAAUGUUGUCGAGAAGAUCUCAUUGUUCAAGACGAUUGGUGAUGCGCCGACAUGGAAGUUCAAUAUUUUGGACCAAUAUUUUGCCCAUAUUCUAUGUCAUUUCACUUUAAUACUUUUGAAUUUAAUUCAUUUGUUUCUAAAUACUGAAAAUUUCAAAUGAAAUGCUGCAAAUACAUGCAACAAACUAGUAUAUUACUGCGUUGUAGUGACUGUUUGUUUGUAAUAAAAAUAACUAUUGAACUGCUACUAUAACCAAUCGUUAAUAUUUAAUAACAGUUUGUAAUAUCGGUAAUAUCAACAACAAAAUUACCGAUACCGAUAUUUCUAUUUUAGUAUACCGAUAAGUCGAUACCGAUACACCAGCAUGGAUAUCGGUGCAUCACUAAAGAAGAUUAUUAUUGCUGCUUGAAUAACCUUCCGUUUCCAAUUAUACCAUAAUCCAUCUCUAGAAAAAUAAUGUAAUUUUACUGAAUCGUGCACCGUGGCUUAUUUCAAUACAUCGAAACCAUGCAUCCUACCUCAUAUCCCGUCCUGGCAAACAACCCCUUCGUUAUAUAUGAAGAGAAUGGUUGAUUCCAGCUGCAGACUAAAUUUUGAUCUCGGCAAGAAGAACAAAAUCUAUCACCACAACUAGAAAGAGCAUGUUAAAAUUAGUAAAAAUGCAAAGUUUGGUUGCGAAAUGUUGUAAAAUGAGGAAAAUAUAGCCCUAAUCCCGCGCGUAAUAUAAAUUAAUACAAAAUUUGCACAUUUUGCACGGCGAUAUUUUCCUCAUUUUACAACAUUUCGCAACCAAACUUUGCAAUUUUACUAAUUUUAACAUGCUCUUUCUAGCUGUGGUGAUCGAUUUUGUUCUUCUUGCCUAGAUCAAAAUUUGUCAGAGCGCCUAGUGAAACCUUACUUUUCUAUCCUUUAUGAAAUAGAGUCGAACUCAGAUGCGUCACUGGAGUUGCAGCUACCGGCAGGAGAAGGCGAUGAUGGUGACAUUGAUGUUGUUGCAGUGGCUAAGAAUAAAUUUGGGGAAACCAAAGCUGCGGCUAAAGUCAGGUCCAGGCCUAAACAGUUCCAGGCGGAAGACUUUGAUGAUAUAGACAGCAAGAUGAAAGAUCUGGAAGAUCAAGGGGAUGAAGCAGGGCGUGUCGCGUUGGCGCAUAGUGUCCUCUCCAGUGCCAAGGUGAUUUCAUUUAUACACAAACACUAUUUAUCGGACUCGUAUUUGCUCAUUUUUCUCCAUACUGGAUGAAAAAUGACUCAAGUGAUAUAAUGACUCUGAUUGAUUUACAUAUUCUAUUGAAAUAUGACUGUUGACAUUGCUUUUUAGUCUCCAUUAUUUGAGUGAGUUAUACUUUGGAAAUGAUAAUAAAUUUUUCUUACCCAACAUAUUUUUCUUACACCAGCCAUAUUUAAUGACCCCUCCCUCAGUGAAAUUGAACUGUUAAACCUAUUUACCACUGUACUGAUUUGUUUUCCUGUCUGCGUUCUGGUCCCCUAUUUAUUUGUCCUAUUAAUCAACUUUUGUUUUUCAGAACCAAGAAGGCUUAGAAGGUAAGUUUAUUUUUCGAAAAUUAUCCUUACUGAACCAACAGGGCUGAUAGAACUGAUAGAGCUAUCCAGGUUUCUUUUGUAGUAACACUGGAUCAAUAAGAGAUUAUCCUUACUGGACCUCUAGCAAGAACAGUUUAGAACUGAUAGAGCUAUCCAGUAUAAAUAAAGUUAGUUUAGUUUAGGUUUCCUCCUGUAGUAACACUGGAUCAAUAAGAGAUGAUCCUUACUGGACCUCUAGGAAGAACAGUUUAGAACUGAUAGAAUUAUCCAGUAUAAAUAAAGUUAGUUUAGUUUAUAGGUUUCCUCCUGUAAUAACAUUGGAUCAAUAAGAGAUAUCCUUACUGGAUUUCUAGGAAGAACAGUUUAGAACUGAUAGAGCUAUCCAGUAUAAAUAAAGUUAGUUUAGUUUAUAGGUUUCCUCCUGUAAUAACAUUGGAUCAAUAAGAGAUAUCCUUACUGGAUUUCUAGGAAGAACAGUUUAGAACUGAUAGAGCUAUCCAGUAUAAAUAAAAUUAAUUAGCUUAGUUUAUGAUAGAGCUAUCCAGUAUAAAUAAAGUUAGUUUAGUUUAUAGGUUUCCUCCUGUAAUAACAUUGGAUCAAUAAGAGAUAUCCUUACUGGAUUUCUAGGAAGAACAGUUUAGAACUGAUAGAGCUAUCCAGUAUAAAUAAAAUUAAUUAGAAGAAUAACCAGAGCUACCUUAGUUUAAAUUCAACGAAAUACUCAGAUUUGCUAAAACAGGAAAUUCUAUUUCUAUAGAGGAAGUGAGCCAACUUGAAGAAGAGACAAGCAUAGUGAUAACCAGUCUCCUAGCAUCGAAACGCGAGGAGGGCUCUGGUGAUGUGGGAGAUCUCUUUGCCUUGGCAAGAAAGUUUAAACCUCAGACCGAGGAAACAAAGACAGCGUUAGUCGAUGAAGUGACGUUGGCGGUCGAAGACACUGUGCCCGACUCAGUACGACGCCGAAGUGACGUUCAGGGGGGUGGUGGAGAGUCGCGUAAGAGGCGAAGACGUGCUAUUGAAGAAGACACAGAUGAUGAUGAUGAGAGUGGAAUGUCUGUUAGCGAGGUAGGUUCAAUUGGAGGGGAGGUGAGGUUGGGGGCGUGUGACCUCUUAAUGUUUUCAUUCAUGACAUAAAAACAUACCAAAUCUGUGACUUUCAGAUUGCCAUAAAACCUGUCUAAAAUGCAUGAAAGCUAACCAGUAUAAAUAAAGUUAGUUUGUAUUUCCUCCUGUAGUAACACUGUAUGAGAUGAUCCUUACUGGACCUCAAGGGAGAACAGUUUAGAACAGAUAGCGAGCUAUCUGGUAUAAAUAAAGUUAGUUUAGUUUAGGUUCCCUCUUGUAGUAACACUGGAUCAAUAAGAGAUGAUCCUUACUGGACCUCUAGAUAGAACAGUUUAGAACUGUAGAAUUAUCCAGUAUAAAUAAAGUUAGUUUAGGUUCCCUCCUGUAGUAACACUGGGUCAAUAAGAGAUGAUCUUACUGGACUUCUAGGAAGAACAGUUUAGAACUAAUAGAGCUAUCCAGUAUAAAGAAAGUUAGUUUAGUUUAGGUUUCCUCCUGCAGUAACAUUGGAUCAAUAAGGACCUCUAAUGUGAAGAAUUCAUAGAAAACAGCUUACGAACACAGUGGUUCAAAUUUGACAAUAAAUAAAGUUAGUUUAGUUUAGGUUCCCUCCUGUAGUAACACUGGAUCAAUAAGAGAUGACCCUAAAAUAGAAAAAUUUUGUUUUGAUCCUAACCUGAAACAGUUGCAUAUUUCUGCCACCCAUCCGGUCCGCGAUGUUGAUAGAAAUCCGCGAUAUGGAUAGAAUUUAUUUUCAGAUCGAAGACAUCUUGGCAACAUUUGAAAACCUAAUUGAUACAACAGUCGUAAACAACAACACUGCAAACUUCUUGCAAACAGUAGACAGUGUUUUGAUCAACAUGUGCAAAGGUCUUCCACUAGGCGAAACCUCUGUAGCCUUGUCUAACCUGGGUAUCCUCAAAGCAGACAUGAACUACUUGGAUAAUGUUGAUACGACCUUUCUGAAUGUCUCGUGUAGCAACUGUUCAAUGUUAAACCACAGUGCGUUGGCCAAAUUUGGAAGUGAGGUAAUAAUGUAUUGCAGAAUUUAUAAUUCUAUGCUGUAUCGUUAAAUAUCACUUGAAACUCCCAUAAACAAAACCAUUCAAUAAUUAUACUGGGUGUCCGAAAAAAACUAGACAUUGUUUGAUUUCAUGUAACGUAAAAGCCAGUGGCGUAACGUUAUAUCAAGGGGCCCCCGGUUCAAAAUUUUCGAACGCCCCCCUAGUGUAAGUGCCAAAGGCACGAGUCGAGCGCCGUAUAUGCACGAGUUUUCUAGGGGAUUCAGGGCAUGCUCAUCCGGAAAAUUUUUUAAUCUAGACUCUCUGAAAUGCCAUUUCCUGGACUUUGGGGAGAGAUUUUACAGAAUUCUGAUGGUCAUAAAAGACAUUGUAACAUAUCAGAGGCCCUGGCCAAUGUUUUUGCCCUAUCGCUUAAGCCUGAGGGCCCCCAUUUGGGUUGGGGGCCCCCGGGUUUACCCGGUCUGAGCCCAUAGUAGUUACGCCACUGGUAAAAGCUAUAAAAGCUAUCGCAAUGAAAUAAAGGAUUCAGAAAGGACUAACUAUAUAUACAUGGACUUUAUUUAUUUACUAGCUAUUUACAAGAUUCGCCAACUAUAACAUGCAGACAUAAAUUAGACUAGACAAGUUUACAUACAACACAGGCAGGGGCUGACCACAGAGGCAAUCUCCAAUAAUGGGGGCCAUACAUAAUUCUACAUGAAAUAAAUGUACAUGAUGAUAAACACUUUCCCUAGGCUAUGUGAUUGUCAACAACAAUAACAAUAUGACCUCACUGAUAGGCUAUAAAGGGACCGAGUUGUAUGUGGCACUUAACGCUCACUGAUUUGAAUAUUCUUGGAUUUUCCGGGUCUUAAUUUCCUUAUUUCCAACUGUUCCUGGUUAGAUGUUGAAAUGUAUAAAUUCACACUCAAAAUGGGAUUGACUGCAAACCAUUAUUAUGAACAACUUUUUUUAUCUCUAGAUAAAACAAAUGUACAACGAAUGGAAUUGUUCGGGCGACGAUGAAUUAUGCAAUGGUUUAUGUAUAGCCAUGGCGCAGUACCCCCAUGAUUAUAUCACAGCAGUGACGUCUCCUAUCCGUCUCAGUGAUGUCGUGUAUGUUGAGUUGAAGAAUCCCGAGAAUCAAGACCAUGUCCCAAUCUCCAGUCUGACGCAGCCCGCAUUCUUCCAUAUCCCAUUGCAUGCUGGGUAUUCUCAAACGUCAGGACAUAAGGUAAGCCUGAGUAUUAUUUAUUAUUAUUAUUUAUUAUUUAUUAUUUAUUAUUAUUAUUAAAACUUUAUUUAAACACAGAAUUCGUCCACAAUAUUCUUCCAUGGAGCUGUGUGGAACAGAAAUACUUACCAAGUGUUUAAUUCUUGAAAUGGUUGUUAUUUUUGAGUUCAUCCAGAAUUUUUUACAUUUAAUUAAUAGUUUUAUUUUGUCUGACGUUUCGGUUCCCAAAACGGAAACCAUUUUCGGAGACAGUCAGUUAGCUUACAAAAUUCAUCUUGCGAAAUGCGCGCCAACUGUUUCAAUACUUGUUACUAUACAAUUACUUUAUGGUUUCCGUGUUUGGAUGGCCUGAUCCAAACACGCGGGAAUGUUUCGCGCGCUUUUCUUAACUCGAGCAACAUUCCCAAGAGUUUGGAUCAGGCCAUCCAUACACGGAAACUAUAAACCAAUUGUUUUAUAAAAUAACAACUUUCCGUGUUAAAUAUCCGUGUUUGGAUGGCCUGAUCCAAACACGGGUUUCGACCAAUCAGAGCACGCGUUCUAUACAUGUAAUUUUAUAAAAGUUGUUCCAACAACUUGUAGCAUUGUUACAACCUGUUAACAAGCUUGCUACAAGGCUGUUGCGAACACAUCUUGUUGACAAGUGGGAUUUGUACAUCUGUGACGUUAGAUUGUGUUCAUUGAACUAAGCUGUUAUGAUUAUGAAAAUUGAGCUUCAUGAUUCUCUAAUUUCAGUGUAUGCUCUGGAGCGAAUCAGAAGAGCAGUGGUCGGCAUCAGGUUGCCAGAAAACUCAAGCCUUCACCAGAGACAGCGUGGUGUAUGUUGAAUGUAACUGUACAAAACUUGGCUACAUCACAGUACACGAGAGUGACGAUGAUGUACAAUUUAAUACUCAGACAUCAACGGAGGGUACUACCCAGGCCCAGUCAGCGCCGACCACCACGGCCACUACGGGCGGAAUGAGCACGACUAAAGGCAAAGGUAUAUAUGAGAAAGACUGUAUUAUAAUGGUCCCGAAAAGUAUGUCGAAAACAUACUGUGAGAUGUUUUAAAAUCGUUAAGAGGAGAAUAUUUUAUUUGUUAAGUAACAGACGCUCAAAACUAAAUAAUGAAUAUGCUUUUUCAUGACUAUAUUCAAAUUUUUCAAUUUUUGAUACGCUUCUCAAGCGGCAAUCAAACUUAAAAAGUAUGUUUAGUGCUUUGUCUGUGAAAUAAUGCUAAAAUGAAGAGAUUUUAUAUGGUACGCCAAAGAGAAAAUGAUGUCUGAAGUUCAGUAAAGUUUUGCUUAUAUUGCAUGCUGUAUAAAUAUGGCGUCAAUUUUUCAACAUCAAUGAUAAUUCAUAAUUGUAUUGAAAUUGACAAUAUUUAACUAUUAUUUUGUGUUUCUCAACCGCAAGAUCCAUUUAAAAAGGUUGCUGACUGUGUAACCUACAAUAUAAAGCGAAAACACAAAAUAAGUUUUGAGUGGAAUGCCAAAACGAUUUUCAAGGUUUUGAAACUACUUUUAAUAUACAUGAAAAAUUUCUCAAUUCCGAUUGGCUAUAAGAGCGGUGCAAUUUUUUCGAAAACCAGUGCCAAAAAAUGAAACAAAAUGCAGAUUUCAUUGACUGUAAGAUACAGCCCUUUCUAGCAGAAAAUAAUACAAAAAAAACAAACAUUUACAAAUGACAAAAAUGGCUGGCGUUUUUAGUAGAUUUUCUAUUAAAAUGAUUUAUAUUAAAAUUAUUUAUAUUAUUAUUAAAAUGAUUUAUAUUAUAUUAUGAUUUAUUAUUAUUAUGAUUUAUAUUUAUUAUUAUUAUUUUUAUGUUAUUAAAAUGAUUUAUAUUAUUAUGAUUUAUAUUAUUAUUUCUAUUAUUAUUUCUAUUAAAAUGAUUUAUAUUAUUGUUUUUAAUCUAUUUCGAUUGGAUUCGUCAAAUACGAGUCGUACACGGCGGAUCGCGGUGUGUAAACGUACCUUAAGUAUACUAAGUAUAAUUACAUAGGUGAUUAUUGAAAAUUUUCCACGCUGAUUGGUUGCCGUUGAGGUGAUUAUAACGCGAUAAUCACCUAAGCAAUUUUCGAAAUAUUAUGGCGGCCGUCGGCCGAAGCCGUUUUGACUAUUAAAUGACGAAGAAAUGUGUAUUUUUUCCCCCACAGAUAAUCAUCUAUGAAAUGAUACUAAAACUAUUAUUCGCCUCAGGCUCGAUGGUUAUUGUUAAAUGAAAACUUCGACAUUGUCUCUGUCCCUACUCACCAAUAAUCACCUAGCCUUCGGCGAAAAAUUGUUAAUUAUUUCUGUUUUCUAUAUUUAUAUUGAUAUUUUGUAAAGGGCCCACUGUAACUGGUGUUAAGCUGUUGUGGUGUCCCAGCUUCUUUAAUGCAAUUAUUGUAUGAUGUUCGGAAGCGAAGCACAAUAAAUGAAUAAAUAAAUAAAUAAACUAUUUCGCAUGUGACCUACGCACGCAUAUGAGUGCUUUUAGAAAAACAUGCACUCGUGAAUUUUUCAAAGACUUCAAAUGCACUCGAGUACUUCGGACUCGUGCAAUUUUGGUCGUCUUUGAAAAACUCACUCGUGCAUAUUAUUUUCCACAAAUUGCACCCGAAGCCAUACUAUUAUCUAUACAAAUACAAGUAAAAUUCCGACGUAAAAGUAAAAUAGCGAAGGCCUUCCCUGGAAACAUCGAAUUUUCACUUGUAUUUUUCAGGCACUUGAAUCCCUCGUAUUACCUAGCUUUCUGAUGUUAUUGCAUUACACUACUAUACCCUGACACAGAGGCACAGCGUUCGAAUUGUCUGAUUAUAAUUUUAUUUGUACACCCAGUUUGAUUUUGUCAAACAACACCGGCUUUUUACUCAUAAAUGAAACUGCAAACAAGACAACAACACAAUAAUUGAUAUAAAUGUUUGCAUUGUGUAGAAAACCAUGUUGCUACGGCUGAGUUGUCGUUUGACUUGGACUACAACACAGUGAUAACUGAUUCAGAAACCAAGAUACAGUUUAUUAACGUGGUUGAACAGAAACUGGCUGAUACGAUGGAAGUUGAUCCAUCAAUGAUCCUGAAUGUUACCAUUUCUCCGGGCAGUAUUGUUGUCAACUUUAUCUUGCUUGCUCCUGAACAAAGUAAGUCUGUUGUCAACUUAACUUAAUUAAUUAACUAACUUUAUACUAAAUAGCACUGUCAGUUCUAAACUAUUCUACAGGUCUAGUGAGAGUCAUGCAACUUUAUAUAUACUGGAUAGCUCUAUCAGUUCUAAACUGCUCUUUCUAGGUCCAGUAAGGAUCAUCCCUUAUUGAUCCAGUGUUACUACAGGAGGAAACCUAAACUAAACCUUAACUUAAUUAAUUAACUAACUUUAUACUAAAUAGCACUGUCAGUUCUAAACUAUUCUACAGGUCUAGUGAGAGUCAUGUCAACUUUAUAUAUACUGGAUAGCUCUAUCAGUUCUAAACUGCUCUUUCUAGGUCCAGUAAGGAUCAUCCCUUAUUGAUCCAGUGUUACUACAGGAGGAAACCUAAACUAAACUAACUUUAUUUAUACUGGAUAGCUCUAUCAGUUCUAAACUGUUCUUCCUAGAGGUCCAGUAAGGAUCAUUUCUUAUUGAUCCAGUGGUACCACAGGAGGAAAUCUAAACUAAAUUUUAUUACACUGGAUAGCUCUAAAAAAAGAAGAAAAUAGUUGAAAACGUUUCUUCCUGGAGGAUUUCAUUCCUGCAAUACGCUGAUUAUUAUUCAAAUUGAAUUUUCUAGAUCCCAGUACCUCUCUUAAUUACUCCCUGACUCAACUAAUGUUGGCUGUCAACAAACAACAGUUUACAGUCAUGCUCAACGGUCAAGAAUAUACAGGUAGGGAAUGUCUAUUGUUUUCUGAGAAAUCUCUCAGUUCUCUUUAUUAUACUCCAGAUAAAUGACUUUUGCAUACAAUGAAUUAACAUAAUUUUUCACUCUGAUAAUUGCCAUAUUUUGAUCACGGCUUGCUACACGAUAAUAAAACCAACUUGUAACAAACCUGCAGCAGAUUUGUAGUAAUUCUAUUCCAACAACUUGUCAACAGGAUGUGUUCGCACUGCUUGUUCCCAGCUUGUUGACAAGUUGUCAACGGCUUGUUGGCAACUUGCUAUAAGGUUGUUGAGCUCAACAGACUUGUUACAAGUUGUUCCGACAACUUGUUAUCGUCCUGCAAUUCAACAAUUUGUCAACAAGUUGUGAGUGACGACCUUGUAGCAACUUGAUAAAACAACAGCAUUGUUACAGUUCCCAGCUUGUUGACAAGUUGUCAACGGCUUGUUGGCAACUUGCUAUAAGGUUGUUGAGCUCAACAGACUUGUUACAAGUUGUUCAGUUCCGACAACUUGUUAUCGUCCUGCAAUUCAACAAUUUGUCAACAAGUUGUGAGUGACGACCUUGUAGCAACUUGAUAAAACAACAGCAUUGUUACAACUUGUUGACAAGCUUGCUACAAGGUUGUUGAGCUCAAAAGACUUGCUGUUGCGAACACAUCUUGUUGAUAAGUUGUGAGAUUUUAACGUGGUGAGUUGUGUGCUUGAUUCACACAGUACAACUCAAGUUGUAAGCAGGUUGCAUGCGACAGUUUUAGGCAAAACGUGUGGAGUGUAAAUCUGCCUUUACAAUUUUUAUACAACAUCGGAUCGUUUUAGGAUGUCUAGCAUUCAUAUUUUAAUAAUUGUCCGUUCAGUUGAUUAAAAUUGUGUAUUUUUUUAACCCCCAGCUCGCAAUGGUUCGAUGACGUACGAAUACAAAACAAUGACUGGCGUAUCCCCGGAUGAAGGCACUGUAACCACAAUAUCUGAGGAGGAUGAAAGCAAAUUACCCAUAAUCCUCGGUGUCGUGUUUGGCGUUCUCUUGAUUGUCAUCAUUAUUGUCGCGGUCUUGUUCCGACGCCAUCUUGCCAAGCAGACGAAGGUGUCCGAUCAAAACAUCCGAGGAAGCACUACGUGUGCUCAGAAUACUGGCUACCAGGGAUCUGUUGGAAACGAUAUGGGGCGCCCAGUGACUCCUGGGAAUGCUGCUCCAGUGGAAACCCAACAUUCUACAGGUAAGAUCACUCAUCUUCAAUGGAAAUUUUUUUUCAAAGUCCUUUCUAUGGAAAUACUCGAAAUAGUAGGGAAAUCCUAUUUUUAUACUAUUUCCAAUUUCCAUACCAUAGUAUGGAAAUAAUGUGGAUAUACUAUGGAUUAAAGGUGGAGUUACACGAGCAACAAAAUUGCUGCAACUUGCAACAAAAUCUGAUUUCAACGCAUGUUAAGUAGAAAUGUCGACACAUGUUGCCUUGUGAUUUGUAAUUUAUGUGUAAACAUUUUCAAUUAACAUGCGUUGAAAUCAGAUUUUGUUGCAAGUUGCAGCAAUUUUGUUGCUCACGAACUCCAACUUAAGUGAUGUAAUCGCAAAUCCAUAGUGUAGAUUUCAUUUUUUCCCCUAUUUUGUGAGCUAAAUGAAGGCCGUCCAAUACAUGCAAUCAAAUCUAGCUUUUGCACAAAAGGGAAUACGAUUUUAAAGUAACUUUAUUUGUACUGCAACCAACCAUUUCUAAACUGUCCUCCCUAGAGGUCCAGUAAGUGUAAUCUUUUAUUGGUGAGGGUACUUACAGCACCGUUAGACUAGACCGUAAUAAUUUUUAAAAAAUUCGGAAUGAUAUGGGGAUGCAACUACCAGAAAAAUACAAGAAGAACUUUAAAUACAAGUCCCUUAGCGGGAGUCGGGAAAAUUACAUGAGUGAAUAUAAAAGCGAUCACAAGGCAAAAAAUACACCAAUUAAAUGGAUUUAGUUAAAAUAGUGUGAACAAAAAAUAAUGUAAAUCACAUUAAUGAAAAGUAUGGAAUAAGAUAAGAGUUUAAAGUACUGUCAAUGUCUGCUUAUGACAAGCAAAGACAGAUUGGGUUAAACAUAGGAAAAACGUUCAUUAAUGCCAUAGAGGUGCAUGGACAGUGCCAAGUUUGGAAGUGAGGCGCAUUUCAUGUCUUUUGCGGCUGCCAUUGGGACAGAGGGCUCGAAUUUCCUUAUCUGAAGCACUGUGAUUGCUAGUAUUAAAAUGUCUACCAACAGGCUAGUUAGCAUCGGCCCGCAGUCAUUAAGAAUUAUGUUGGCAGACAUUUUAACACUGACAAUCACAGUGUUUCAGAUAUGGAAAUUCGAGUCCUCUAUCUCAUUUCUAGAAGCAAUGAUAGCCGUAAAGGGCAUGAAAUGCGCCUCAUUUCCAAACUUUACAGCAACAAUUUCUGUAAGACCGUCAAUAAUUUCACUUUCUCCAAAAAUAACAUGGAUAUUUUUCAAUUCAGGAGGUCCACGAGCCGGGAGCGGAGGUGUCCGACAGACCGCCGAGCUACCUCACAUUGAGUGACUCACUGAUCUAGCAUCUGGACUAUCCUUAUUUCAUUUAUUUACACUUGUCACGCACAUGUAUAUUUAAUUAAUUUAUUUAAUCAAAGCUUUUAGCCAGAUGGCCUAUCAUUAGCAACACUUUUUAAACGGAUACACAGUCCAAAAGCAACAAUGCUUUUACAUUUUUUCUUCUUUUAUAUUUGGUCAACUAUUGGCAGUUUUUGUCAACCCCCCCCCCCCCAAGUAUAUCUUUGCCUUAAAUGAGCUAUGGUGUGUUUUUAUCAUGAACCCGUGAUAUGACAAAUAUACUGUAUAAUUACUGUGUAAUUAAGCCUGUCAGAUCAAACAGUUUAAAACCGUGUGGUCAAAUAUUCUAAACAUGACAGCUUGGGCAAGUAGGUUAAAUUUUCCCCCACAUCUCUCUAAAUGAUCAACAGGCCGCUAUUUAUAUCCUGGCUAAAAGCUCACUUGAUUGCAUUUUAUAUAAUAUUCGCAUUUGUAUAUAACCAUAUAUAACCAUAGUUAAUAGAAGAGAUGGUUUGGAAACUCAUUAGAAUAACAAUAUAACUCAUUAUCUAUGUUAGUCAACGUUUAUUCCCAAAUCUGGUCGUUCACCGUCACGUGCGUAUUGUAUUUAUGCCCAACUAACCAAUAGCAAUGUUUUAGGAAAGUUACCUGUAUCCGCGUGACUCGAACAAUAGGGUAAAUUGGAAAUUGCUAGUUGGUGGAUUUGGCAAAAAUACAAUGCACACGUGACGUUGAACGACUAGAUUUGUAAAUAAACUUUGACUAACAUAGAUAAUGAGUUACAUUGUUAUUCUAAGGAGUUUCCAAACCAUCUAUUCUAUUAAUAACUAUGAUAUAACCAAUCAUUGAAUUUAUACAAUGUUUUUCAGCACAUUAUAAUCUAGCUGACGAGAGGUAUGAUGUUUUUUUAGAAAUGAAAAUUAUAUUGGAAAGUUAAUACCCGUACAAAUCAAUUUUGAGAAAAAAAUUUAAAAACUAAACAAAAAUAAAGUAUAUAACCACGCCUUAUUUAAAGUAGGAAUAUCAAAAUAAAUAAAUAAUGCCAAACUUCAAAUUGGGUGAAACAAUCUUGAAAUACUCAAACAUUUCCACAAUGUUACCUAUAUGUAUUUUUACUUGUUUCCUGAAAUUUCUACUGGACAUACGGUUUAAAUAUCAAUUAGUAUUGUAUUAAAUUUAAACGUAAAAAUAACCCAUUUUCCAGUUUGGUCAUUUAUUUGUAAUGUAAACACUAUAAACUAUAUACCAUAAAGCACUGUAAACUACCAUAAAGAUUGUAGAUUUUAGUAUUAAAUCCAUUUUAUCACAUUUGCUGGAGAUUGAGUUGAACAAUCGCUGCAACAGUUGGAAGAACCUUAAAAUGUUGCCUGUAGCCGAAAGUAAUUGUGUUGUGAGAAAAAUGGUUUUUGACAAUGUUUAGAAAGGGUUGGGCUUGUUAUGGAAUUUUUGAAAAAUUUUAUCAGUCGAAACUAUUAAACUGUUUUGAUGAGAGAAAUGCUUUUCGACAAUUUUCAGAAAGUUUGGAGUGGUUUGGGCCACUUUUUGAAUUUUUAAAAAACGUCCUGUGGUCCCUUUUGAUCGCCCUAGGGAUGCCCGUGGUCCCCUGAGUUGCAUUUUACCAAAAUGUUUUAAAACAUGUUUUUAAUAGUCGAAACUAACUGUUUUGAUGAGAGAAAUGGUUUUCAACAAUUUUCUGAAAGUUUCAAGAUUUUUUACUUUUCUGGGUUUUGACAGGUAUGGAUAGGUGUGCUGUGUAUUUGCUGCGUCCACUUAGGGAGGCAGCACACUAAUCUUGACGUCGCCACAUUUUCGUGCCCAUUCCAUUGGCCGAGUUAUUGAGCUAAGGUAUGGUUUCUCCAGAGUCCACUGGACCCAGUCUUUCGCGCGAUCUAUGUAUUGUCGAAAUCUCGACCUUGAAGGCCGCCCGAGCUUGGGCCUGGGGACGAGGAUUAAUUGUCUUUAAAAUACAUACAGGGAACAGGGUGUAUAAAAAAAACGCAACCUCGGAAUUUCCCGGUAGGCCCCUGGGGAUUGAAAUGGAAUUGCUAAUAGAUCAUAUUACUGUUGCUGUACUGUACUUGUAAAAUAAAAACUAUUAAGUGUCAUUAAAUAAAUGCAUAAAUUUUGUUUUAUGCACUCGCGUGUGCAGUAAUUUUGACAGUUGUGCUAUUUUAAAUUCCCAGGCAUCUAAAAUCUUUUGUCCUUAAAAUAAUGUCGAUUUCUUGGGAAAUUCCGAGGUUGCGUUUUUUUUUAUACACCCCGUAGAACGUCUUCAAUAAAUACUUGUAUCAGAUGUAGUUCAUCACUUGUAGGCAAAUCGUCACCAUUUAUUACUAUACAAAUAAUGAAUGUUUAUGAGUGCAAUGGUAAGAAUAUUUUCAUGAGGUGAAAGAUGGAAUCGGUUCCAUUCAACGAGGGGACAACCGAGUUGAAUGGAACAUUCCAUCUUUCAACGAAAUUUCUUUCGUCGGAAAAGAAUACAAUAGAUUGCCGACGAAUUACGACCAGUGUGAACCAGGCAUUAACUUGUAAACAUGAAUGUCCAAAGAAUUUCAAAUUAACAGCCAUUCCUUAUUGUAAUGUUCCCCGAGGGAUUACAACCAAUCUGUAUUUUGUCUUCGGCCAAUCAGCAAGCCCGUUUGCUUAGCUCAGCCAAUCACGACGGGGAGUGUUUGUGUAACUGGGCGUGUUUUCGCGUGCGAGGCAAUUUUAAAAUUUCGCUUCGGGGCACCAAGCUAUACAUUUGCACAAGUACUCAAAGAGAGAAGUUUGUCUCAAAAGAUCGCUGUUAAAUCAAGCUAAAUUUAAGGUAAGAAUCUUACUCUUUUACUGUGAAUUUGCUUUAUUCUUUGUCGGUCGAAGGGCGACUUGUAUAUGUUUUUGAAACGCGACUAAAUUCAUGAACGGUUUGCAAGUUCAGAUUUUGCAAGUCAAGUAAUUUACGCAUGGCUGGUCGCCACGUGUAUUGUACUAUACGCGCUUUCAAACUUUUGGCUAUUUCUUAACGUUUUCGAUAAAAUGUUGUGGCAUUAAACUUGAGAAUACUUGUAUUUUGUCUUCCUAUAUAACUUAUAUUUUUCUUCCAAUUUCAGGCCAGAAAGUUCUGCGAGAAAUUCACUCAAGUCGUAGACUGGCCGCGAAGCCAUGCGGGGAUAUAAAACCAGGUAUAUUUUUGUAAUAGUAUUUGAAUAUUUGUCCUAAAAUAGAAUUAACGCUUACUUUUAAGAAUUGUUAACUGAAUAUUCUGAUAGAUUUCGGGUCCUUUUAGUUUAAAUUUUGGUCCACUUUUGCUCAAGAUAAUACCCAAAAUGAAAGCGGUAUGCUUUACUGAAACGAUUUGGUUGUAUACUUGUACAGUUUGUCCACAAUUUUGUACGAUAUUUUUGAGACUUCUUAGUAGAAAAUUCUCAAAUUAAUUUACUAUCUCUUAAAGCUUAUGUUGCAAUUAGACUAAGAGUUUUGUUCUAAAAUAGCUAGCCGUUCGCUUAUUAACAAUUCUGAAGCGAAUUUUGUUUAAUUCUACUAAAUAUCAAUGCUGAAUUUUACCCGUAAAAUGCUUCCAUACAAGUAUACGCGUUCAAUUAUUGAUGUGUUUUUCAUUUUUCUUUCAGGUGCAAAAUUUAAUGAAGUAAAAUGA